AUGAAAGAGAAGUCCAAAAAUGCUGCCCGGACUAGGAGGGAGAAGGAAAACAGUGAAUUUUAUGAACUGGCUAAAUUACUGCCUUUGCCCUCGGCUAUCACCUCGCAGCUGGACAAAGCAUCCAUAAUCAGACUCACCACCAGCUAUCUCAAAAUGAGAGUAGUGUUCCCAGAAGGGCUCGGCGAGGCGUGGGGCCACUCGAGUCGCACCAGCCCCUUGGACAACGUGGGCAGAGAACUGGGCUCCCAUCUGCUCCAGACCCUGGAUGGCUUCAUCUUUGUGGUGGCCCCAGAUGGGAAGAUCAUGUACAUCUCGGAGACAGCCUCAGUCCACCUGGGUCUUUCUCAGGUAGAGCUGACUGGGAACAGCAUUUAUGAAUACAUCCACCCAGCGGACCACGACGAGAUGACUGCUGUGCUCACGGCCCAUCAGCCCUACCACUCUCACUUCGUCCAGGAGUAUGAGAUCGAGCGCUCCUUCUUCCUGAGGAUGAAGUGCGUCUUGGCCAAGAGGAACGCGGGCCUCACCUGUGGUGGCUACAAGGUCAUUCACUGCAGCGGCUACCUGAAGAUCCGCCAGUACAGCCUGGACAUGUCCCCCUUCGAUGGCUGCUACCAGAACGUGGGCCUGGUAGCCGUGGGACACUCGCUGCCUCCCAGCGCCGUCACGGAGAUCAAGCUGCACAGCAACAUGUUCAUGUUCCGCGCCAGCCUGGACAUGAAGCUCAUCUUCCUGGACUCCAGAGUAGCGGAGCUGACGGGGUACGAACCUCAGGACCUAAUUGAGAAGACCCUGUACCACCACGUGCACGGCUGCGACACCUUCCACCUGCGCUGCGCCCACCACCUGCUGCUCGUGAAGGGGCAGGUGACCACCAAGUACUACAGGUUCCUGGCGAAGCACGGCGGCUGGGUAUGGGUACAGAGCUAUGCGACCAUCGUCCACAACAGCCGCUCAUCCAGGCCACACUGUAUCGUCAGCGUCAACUAUGUCCUCACGGACACGGAACACAAAGGGUUGCAGCUCUCCCUGGAUCAGAUCUCAGUCUCUAAACCAGCCUUCUCCUACACCAGCAGCUCCACUCCUACCAUGACUGACAACAGGAAGGGGGCCAAGUCCAGGCUUUCCAGCUCAAAGUCAAAAUCCAGAACAUCCCCGUAUCCUCAG